UGAAGGCCUUCAGAAGAUGAGUCCAGGCAGAAAGGCAAUUAAGGUUUAAACGUGAACUAGAAAAUUAGAGCUCUGCUAAGCCAUCGCGCAGUGCCCUUCCAAACCCAGCAACCAACUGCACUUUCGACACCCGCUCGUUCAACAAGAAGCUUCUCUGUUUUGAAACAUGGCUCUGGACUCUGAGGGAGACACAGAUCUUGACCAGACCAUUGCUAAAUGGAUUGAGGAAGUUGAUAGCGGCAAGGCGGUGUCGGCGUCGAACGACGAGCCGGCUGCGAGGAUGAAUAAUGAACGACUAGAGCGAGUUGCGAGCCAGACGUUUGAUUUUAUGAAAUACUUGAAGCCAUGGAAUCGGUCCGGACAAGCGUCGACUACAGAUAUCACAAACGAGCAGACUUCAAUUGCGAGCACUGGUUCUAAAUCGACUCCAGAACUUGCACCAGAGGACGAUAUCUCGCCGGCGGAUAUCUAUCCUACCGAGAUGUCAUGCCAGCAGCAGUUCGACGAGCUAGUAAAAUGCCACAGUGUAGCAGGCCAAACCCGCCACGUCUACCGCUACGGCACGAUCCGGGACUGCAACGACCGGUGGGACAUGUUCAAGUUCUGCAUGGGGCUUAAGCUGAAGCCUGAGGAGGAGCAGGCGCCGCUGAUUAGAGAUUACUACAAGGCGCGGACGGAGCGGAUUCUCGCGCACGGGAGCAGUGAAGAUGUAUGGCAGGUUCGGACGUCACGGCAUCCUCCCUUAUUUGUAAAUAAAGACAGUAACGGGAAUUGAAAAGGGGGACUCUAUGAGCUAUAGAGCCGAAUAUGUACAUAAGUUAAUUCUAUCUCCUAAUGACAUUACAUCUACAAUUUCA